UUUUUUUUUUGAAAAUGUCUACCAACUCAGGUAUCACUGCUGACUCACUCAAAGCCUCUAUUAUUGAACGUCUCGAAGCACAAUAUGUUCAAGUAGAGGAUUUAUCAGCAGGUUGUGGACAAAUGUUUGAAGUGAUUAUUGUUUCUCCUGUGUUUGAAGGCAAACGACUUUUGGCCAGACAUAAGCUUGUCAAUGAAGCUCUCAAGGAAGAAAUUAGUAAGGUACAUGCUUUUACUCAGAAAUCAUAUACACCUGAAGAAUGGGAAAAGAAAAAGGCAGAAUAAAAUAGAGUAGUGUUUGGAACAACUGAAUGUUUAAAUUGGAAUAAAGAAAUAGAAACUGGACUUAUUCGCAUGAUA